UUCAGACGCUAAAAGUCUGAAACUGAUAGUUGAAUUCAAGUCCUGACAGGAGCUCUGACUUCAAUACCCCGCCCACUCACAGCCUUUCACUCAUACUCCUCAGGCUUUGUGAAGGAUUAAGCCUUUAGACUCAGGUUUUUCUGCCUCUACCUGCUUCUUAGGUUGAUCAUAAUAGCCUUCUGGGAAGAGAGAAGAUGCCUGGAUUGGAAAUUGAGAAAGCGGAGAAGUGCCUUCCUGUGAAUUCAUAUAUAAAAAAGAAUGGGGAAAUUAAUGAAAACCUCAGCUUAUAUCCAAGCAUGCACAAAACAGCUAGUUCGAAACCUCCAUGUGGGCUGUAUUAUUGUAAGAAACGCAAAACAGCUUUUUACGUUGCAGCUGGGAGUCUGGUACUUAAUCUCUUUCUAAUUUUCACCCUUGUGUGGUCAGUGAGAAGAAGAGAACCAUCUCCUGCUCUUCCUACUUGCCCAGUGGCCUCCUGUCCAAAUGGCUGGAUUGGAUACCAGGGGAAAUGUUAUUACUUUGCAAAGGCUGAAGGAAACUGGACGUCUAGCAAGAUGCACUGUUCUUCUCUCAAUGCCUCUUUGGCUGUCGUUGAUUCCCAAGAAGAAAUGAACUUUAUGCUUCGCUAUAAAACUAAUGCAGACCACUGGAUUGGCUUAAGAAGAAAUUUAAGUCAGCCCUGGAAAUGGAUCAAUGGUUCUAUUUUCAAUGAUUGGUUUACAAUUCUUGGCGGAGGACGUUGUGCGUAUGUAAACCAGAAAGGCAUUGCUAGCUCCGGAUGCUCAAGAGAAGAACCUUGGAUCUGCCAUAAACCAGUUUUGAAGUGAUACAGAGGUGAAAGAGAUCUGGGAGCCUUAGGACACCAAAAGCUGAACAUGAGUCAGCAGAGUCAUGCGGCAGCCAAAAAAGCCAAUGCUGUUCUGGGAUACAUCAAUAGGAGUAAAAUGACAAGA